GUGUGUACCAUGUGAGAUUUAUUUUGCAACAAAAACCAUAAAAUAAACACGAAUUUUGUUCUCUUUAGUAUUACAAAAUAAAUAAAAUAAGAAAUGGAAACAGAAAAUAUAAAUGUUGAGGAGUUUCUGCCCGCCAAAAACCCAGUGAAGUUGAAAAAUGUGAAACGCAGAGCUGUAUCGGAAUCUGGUGAUGGUAUGGAGGUAGAACAGCAUAACGGCAUUGAAGGAAAGCCCAAACACGCGCGUUCUCGUCCGAAGAAGGCGAAGAAAAACGCUGAACCCAAUGAAGCUAAAGUAAACAUGAGAAAAGUCGCUGUUCCCGCACACAGAUACACACCACUAAAAGAGAACUGGCUGAAGAUCUUCACACCGAUCGUAGAGCACUUACUACUGCAGGUCAGAUUCAACACGAAAACCAGGAACGUUGAAAUCAAAGUGGGCCCAGAAACUAAAGACAUUGCAAACUUACAGAAAGCCGCUGACUUUGUGAAGGCAUUCAUCUAUGGCUUUGAUGUUGAAGACGCUCUCGCACUCCUCAGGCUAGACGACUUAUUUGUGGAGUCCUUCGAAAUAAAAGACGUCAAAACGUUACAAGGGGACCAUUUGGGAAGAGCUAUCGGUCGUCUCGCUGGCAAAGCUGGCCGAACAAAGUUCACGAUAGAAAACGUAACGAAAACCAGAAUAGUGUUAGCAGACUCCAAAAUUCACAUACUCGGAAGUUACCAGAAUAUUGCAUUGGCAAGGAGAGCUAUUUGUAACUUGAUCAUGGGAUCUCCACCCUCAAAAGUGUACGGCAAUUUGAGGAGUGUAGCAAAUAGGGUCGCUGAAAGAUUUUAGUUCUAAUAUAUUUAUCGUUCACAAAA